AUGGAAACGAGCAUCUCAAGGAAAGAAUCUAAAGAUGAGAAGAAGAUGAGGAAAAGAAAGAGAAAGAAGGUUGACGGGUUUGUGUUUCUUCCGGAUGACAUCCUUUUAGAUAUCCUCAAAAGGCUCCCUGAUGCUUCCCUUCGUUAUAAGGCUAAGUAUGUCUGUAAACGAUGGUUGGAUCUAAUCAGUAACAUGAAAUUGCUAGACCAUGCUUCUUUUAUCCUCCAGAAGACGGGAGACUUGACAGCACGUCAUGUGGGUAUAAGGGAAGAAGGAGAAGGGCUACAAGUGAAAGUGCACGAUCUUGACAUGCCUCGCAUAGGCAUCAUAAAGUCUUGGGGUAACGAGCUAAUGCUAAUAUCAGAUUAUAAAAAACAAUCUCUGUAUAUUUAUAAUCUAAUCACGAAGGAAGGAUCAUAUCUUCCGCAAUGUAAUGCAUCAUGUGGAGGAUAUUGUAUUAUCAAAUGUGGAGUUGCAAUUUCUUUCGAUAUGUUCAAGGGAAUAUAUAAGGUGGUUCACUUGUUUAUGGGGCCACCAAUCGAAUGUCAUAUCCUUAUAUUGAGAAGUGACCAUAUUGCUUCUUCAAAGUGGAAAAAGAUCCAAGUCCCUUGUAUGAAUGGAGGGUUGAUGUAUUCUUCUAACCCAGUUUCAGUUCAAGGAAGGUACUUUCACUGGGAUAAUUACAUUGAUAAGAGCCUGGUUUCCAUGGAUAUGGUGAAAGAGAAAAUUAUCGAUAUGAGUCUUCCCGGUGAUUGUAAAGGAGUUAACUAUACUAUUUUUGAGAUGGGUGGUUCCCUGGCUCUCUUUGCUGGAGAUAGUCCGGACAAAUCUGAGAUAUGGAUUCUUAAAGAUUUUCAGAAGAAGAAGUGGGAGAAGUUGCAGUCAGUUACUCUUGAGAAAUGGUAUUACAGAAGAUUUCCUGUCUGUGGCGUGAUGAGUAACAGAUAUAUCAUCCUGGAAUGUAAAUACUAUAAUGGAAUGUGCUAUUAUGAUGUGAAAAAUGGAGUCGUGAAAAUGCUAGACAUCCACAUGAACGUUGAUGAUGGUUGCCUGAUUCAGCACCAUCAAGUUUUAAAUAAUCUAACUGCAUAA